ACACCUCCUUCAUGUACAUGAUCGCAGGACUGUGCAUGCUCAAGCUCUACCAGACCCGCCACCCAGACAUCAAUGCCAGCGCCUACUCUGCCUAUGCCUCAUUUGCUGUGGUGAUCUGUCUGGCCGUCCUCGGAGUGGUGUUUGGGAAAAAUGACAUGUGGUUUUGGGUCAUUUUCUCCAUGAUCCAUGUCUUGGCCUCGCUGGCUCUCAGCACCCAGAUCUACUACAUGGGCCGCUUCAAGAUCGAUGGCCCUGACUCAGACUUGGGGAUAUUUCGACGGGCAGCGAUGGUGCUGUACACGGACUGCAUCCAGCAGUGCAGCCGACCAAUGUACAUGGACAGGAUGGUGCUGCUCAUUGUUGGAAACCUGGUCAACUGGUCCUUUGCUAUCUUUGGGCUGGUGUAUCGGCCCAGAGACUUUGCCUCCUACAUACUGGGGAUCUUUAUCUGUAACCUGUUGCUGUAUCUGGCUUUCUACAUCAUCAUGAAGCUCCGCAGCUCUGAGAAGCUCCUGCCCAUCCCCCUGUUCUGCAUUGUGGCCACUGCAGUGGUGUGGGCAGCUGCCCUCUACUUCUUCUUCCAGACCCUCAGCAGCUGGGAGGAGACUCCAGCAGAGUCCCGGGAAAAGAACCGGCCAUGCAUCCUGCUGGGCUUCUUCGAUGACCAUGAUGUCUGGCACUUCCUCUCUGCGGCUGCCCUGUUCUUCUCCUUUCUGGUCCUGCUGACCCUGGAUGAUGAUCUGGAUGUGGUGCGCAGGGACAAGAUCCCAGUGUUCUGA